AUGGCGGACGCUUCGAGGGCGGCGACGCCACCGAGAACAGCUCGACCGGGUUCAAUACCGCGAUCACCAAUGACGCCGGAAAAGAUUCGCCGCAUGGAAGAAGCACGACUCAAAGCAAAAGCCUUGCGAUCACAACAACGCGCCUCGAACCAAGAAGCAUACCCAAGCCGCACGCCCUCAGGAUUUGUCGCAGGACAAAAGCGACCGCACGUUGUUGUGUCAGGCUCUUCCGUUCAGCCCAAUCAACGCGAUGCAAGACAAACACCAUCCGGCGACAAGGAUGGCUUCAGUAAACCCGCCCGCGACUCUGGAAUCGAGCCAGCCAAAAAGUUCCAAAAGUUCGUCGAAUAUGAUUUCAGCAAAAUGACGGAUACCAAAGGAGGAUUCUUGACGGCCGAGGACGAUCCACACAACAGAGCGUUGCACACACCCAAUCAAGAGCAAAAGCCCGCGAACAUGACACUGAAGGAAUGGGAGAAGGCGCAGUUGAUCAAGAAGUUGAAGAACGAAAGAGCUGGACCCUAUGAACCCGGGCUCAGUGCUCUAGGUGCCGCGAAGGAGCAAAAGAAAUGCAGAGAGUGUGAUACGUUGGAGAUCGAUUGGAAAUGGGACGACGUGUUUGGGUGCCAAGUGUGCAAGGCGUGCCAGGACAAGUUUCCCGACAAAUACAGCCUGCUCACCAAAACGGAAGCACGAGAAGACUAUCUGCUUACGGAUCCGGAGCUCAAAGACGAACAACUCUUGCCACGGUUGGAGAAGCCGAACCCUCACAAGUCAACAUGGAACAACAUGAUGUUGUAUCUGCGCUACCAGGUGGAAGAAUACGCCUUCUCAGACAAGAAAUGGGGCAGCCCGGAAGCAUUGGACGAGGAGUUCGAGAAGAGACAGGGCGAGGCCAAGCGCAGAAAGGAGGUCAAAUUCAAGAGCAAGCUCAACGACCUGAAAAGGAGGACGCGAGUGGAUGCGUACAAGCGCCAAAAGGCGGGGGUUGAGGGAGGAAACUUCGGAGACAAGCUUUGGGGCUCAAAGCACGAACAUGAAUGGGGUCGAGCCGUCGAGAAUCCCGAGACAGGAGCGACGGUCAAGACCUGUGUCGAGUGUGGCAUGGAGGUCGAGGAACUGGAGUUUUGA